AUACCCGAGUAUUCGUCCGUUCCCGCCGUACUAGUUAAUUUGCCAGUGUAAUUAUCUGCACUUCGUCACAUGAGUGAGCUUGCGCCAAAACGCUGUUUUUACUGUCUGACAUGACUCUAGAAGAUCCAUUUUAUGUCGUCAAAGAUGAGGUGUUCAAGGCAUUAAACAAGACGCGGGGCUUGUAUCUACGUUGGCAAGAGAUUUCUAAAACACCUAGCAUACCCAAUAGUCCUGAAGCAGAAUGGACUUCAACAGAGCUGAGGAAUGCUCUCCGUAGUAUUGAGUGGGACUUAGAGGACUUGGAGGAUACUAUAAGCAUUGUUGAGAAGAAUUCUUCCAAAUUUAAAAUAGACAAUAAAGAAAUUUGUGACAGAAAAACAUUCAUUCAGGCUACUAAGCAAGAAGUAAAGGUAAUGAAGAGCAAAAUGAGCCUAAACAGAAACCGAGAUAAUGAUGGCACCGCGAGGGAGCCCCUCCUGGGCGAGGAAAGCCCUAUGCACUUUGGCAAUUUAUGGACAUCCACUCCAAAGUACUCAAAGUACUCUAAACUAGCUAACCAGACUGACAGUCCCAACAGACUUUUUGAUACAUAUGACAAUGACAUAAUGUCGAUGCAAGACAAAAUGAUUAGCAGCCAGAAUGACCAACUGCAAGUGAUCAGCAACUCUGUUGGCUCAUUAAAGACUGUCUCCAAACAGAUAGGCAUUGAACUUGACGAACAAGCUAUGAUGCUGGAUGACCUGAACACUGAACUUGAAAAUGCAGACUCAAAGCUGGAUUCAACUAUAAAAAAAGUUGCUAAAGUCUUGCACAUGAACAAUGAUCAACGUCAAUGCCUGGCAAUUUUAAUACUUGUAGGUCUUCUAAUGAUUAUCCUAAUAUUAUUCAUCAUACUCUGAGCAUAUUGUACUGCAAUUAUACUGACAAAGUGGAUUGCAACCUGAAGCAAAACGGCGCGUCGAUUAGAUACCAUGUCACAUGUUCUUUUAACUUAUUAAAAUACUGCUGCCCCUUUUAGAUCAAAUAAGAGAAUGAA